CUCGGGUCCAGCGACUUCUCUCCGCUUUGUCUUCUUUCUCUGCUUCCUCUUCCCGGGUCCAAUUCAUCGUCAGAUAUCGUGUGAUUACCUGCUUCUGCCUCUGAUUCAUCGUCUUCUGCUUCUUCUGCUUCUUCUCCUACUUCUUCUCCUUCUUCUUCUCCUCCUGCGGCCAUGGAUAUCGGCAAUAUCUUGGAAACGGCCAUCCUCAGCCCUGACCAAGCGGCCAGACAGGAUGCCGAGAGUAAACUCACUCUGAUGGCUACCGAGCACUUUGUCGACUACUUGGCGAUGCUCACCACCGCGCUCGGAAAUGAGAAUCAAAAGACCGAAGUCCGUAUGCUGGCUGGUAUCGGUCUCAAGAACCAGCUUGUUGCUAAAGACGUCAAAACCAAAGUCUCCCAGAACGAGCGGUGGGUCUCGCUCGCUGUCGAAGCCAAGGCUGAAAUCAAGCGUACCGCCCUCACCGCGCUGCUCUCGCCCGACGAUCGCGUCGCAAACGCUGCCGCCCAGCUCGUCGCCGCAAUCGCUGAUAUCGAGCUCCCCCGCGACGAAUGGCCCGAUCUGAUGACGGUGCUCGUCGAAAACACAAAAGAGCACCAGCCCGUCAACGUCAAGCGCGCCUCGCUCCUCGCCAUCGGUUACAUUUGCGAGACUGCUGAUCCCGGCAACUCGGGCGUCGUCGCCCAGGCAAACGGCAUCUUGACCGCUAUCGUCCAGGGCGCGCACGCAAAGGAACCCUCGAUCGUCGUUCGCCAGACUGCUAUCAACGCGCUCGUCAACUCGCUCGAGUUCAUCCGCGACAAUUUCGCCCGCGAGGGUGAGCGGAAUUAUAUAAUGCAGGUCGUCUGCGAGGCUACGCAGGCUCCCGAUGCAAAGCUGCAGGCCUCGGCCUUUGGUGCGCUUGCUCGUAUUAUGAACAUGUACUAUCCGUACAUGAGAUUGUACAUGGAGCGCGCGCUGUAUGGGCUCACUGUGGACGGCAUGCGCUCCUCAAACGAAGACGUCGCUUGUAUGGCUGUCGAGUUUUGGAGUACUGUCUGCGAAGAAGAGAUCGAGAUCAAUCUGCAGUCAGGGGACCCUUACGAAGACGAAGCGCUUGCGCCCGCUCGUGAGAAUUUCGAGUUUGCAAAGUACGCGAUGGGCGAGGUUCUGCCUACGCUGCUCGAGCUGCUAACACGGCAGGACGAAGAUGCUGAUGACGAGGACUGGAACGUUUCGAUGGCGGCGGCUGCGUGCCUGCAGCUUUUUGCUGAAGAUACUGGCUCGGCGGUGGUCAACCUGACGUUGCAGUUUGUGGAGGUCAACAUCCAGCAGGAGGACUGGCGAAAGCGCGAGGCCGCGGUUAUGGCUUUUGGUUCGAUUCUCGACGGACCCGACCACGGCACGCUCGCGCAUGUGAUUGGACAGGCACUACCGCCGAUGCUCAACCUUAUGAACGAUCCUGUGCUGCAGGUGAAGGACACUGUUGCAUGGUGUUUGGGCCGCAUUGCGGAUCUUGUGAUUGAAGGUAUCGAUACUACUGCGCACCUUCCGGGGAUUAUGGCCGCGCUGGUUGCUGGGUUCCAGGACCAUCCAAAGGUUGUGACGAACUGCUGCUGGACGCUGAUCAAUCUGACGGAGCAGCUGGGCCAGGAAGGCGCAUACUCGCAGACGACACCGAUCUCGCCGUUCUAUGACGGACUGAUUGAGAAGCUGUUGGCGGCGAGCAGUCGGGCGGAUAACGAGAACCUGGCGCGGACGUCUGCGUACGAGGCACUGGGAGUACUUGUGACUUGUAGUGCGAGCGAUACUCUGGGAUCGAUCAAUGAGCUAUCGCUUGUGAUUAUCACUCGGCUUGAGCAGACGCUUGUGAUGCAAGGACAGCUUGUGGGGAUGGACGAUCGCGUGAACUUGGAGGAGCUUCAGAUUAGUCUGCUGAGUGUGCUGACAAACAUCAUUCGAAGGGUUUCGCCCAGCGAUCGAUCGUCGUCGGACAGGCUGAUGACGCUGCUGAUAAGCAUGCUUCAGCAGAAGCUGCCAAACUCGCUGAUCGAGGAGGAUAUUUUUAUUGCGAUCAGUGCGGUUGCGGGCGCGGUGCAGGAGAACUUUAGUGUUUAUUUGGAUGCGUUCAACCCGUAUCUGAUGAAGGCGCUCGAGGAUCCGGACUCGCCGACGUGCAAUACUGCGGUUGGGAUUGUUGCGGAUCUGGCGGUUGCGUUGAACGCGCAGAUCGAGCCGUACUGCGACAUGUACAUGAAUGUGUUUUUGACGAAUCUGCAGAAUUCAGCGGUGCGGAGGGACGUCAAGGUGGGCAUUUUGUCGUGCUUUGGUGAUAUCGCGUCUGCGCUGGGUGCUGGGUUUGAAAAGUACCUGAGCGUGGUGAUGCAGGUGCUUGUGCAGGCGUCGAGUCUGAAGCGCGAGCCGGACCAGCCGUAUGACAUUGUGGAGUACAUUCACCAGCUGCAGGAGGCUAUUGUGGACGCGUACGCGGGUAUUGUGCAGGGUAUGCGGGACCGACCGGACUUGCUGUACCAGUUCAUCCAGCCGAUCUUUGGGUUCCUGUCGGUUGUGCACUCGCAGCCGAGCAUUCUGCGGUCGGAGUCGGUUGUGCGGUCGAUGGUGGGUCUGAUUGGCGACGUGGCGGACAUCUACAAGCAGGGCCAGGUGGCGAUCUACUUCAAGGAGGAGUGGAUCACUGAUCUGCUGCGACGGGCGCGACAGGACCGCUCGUUCUCUGCCGGACUGAAGGAGACUGCAAAGUGGGCACGCGAGCAACAAAAGGCGCAGCUUGCUCUUUUGUAGUCGAUUGUUGAUGUGUUGUUGUUGUUAUUCCCUCAUUUGUUUCAUUCAUUGUAUAUCCGCAGUAAAUAUCAGGCAUUAUCAUCUAUAUAGAUCUAGAUAGUCCU